UUUUAAAAGCUGCCCCCCUGGCGCUCGGCUUUUGUUCGCUCUGAGGCAGAGGAAGGAGGCGGAUCGGAGGAAGGGAGGAAGCUGGGGGUCCCUGCUGGGGCGAUGUCGCAUAUCCCAGGCCAGCCAGUCACGGCCGUCGUGCAAAGAGUUGAAAUCCACAAACUCCGCCAAGGAGAGAACCUGAUCCUGGGCUUCAGCAUCGGAGGCGGCAUUGACCAAGACCCGGCUCAGAACCCCUUCUCCGAAGACAAGACCGACAAGGGCAUUUAUGUCACCCGAGUGACCGAAGGCGGCCCAGCGGAAGUGGCAGGGCUUCAGGUUGGAGACAAGAUCAUGCAGGUGAAUGGGUGGGACAUGACCAUGGUGACGCACGACCAAGCGCGCAAGAGGCUGACCAAGCGGAACGAGGAGGUGGUCCGGCUCCUGGUGACGAGGCACUCCCUCCAGAAGGCGGUGCAGCAGUCAAUGAUGUCCCCGCCGUGCCAUUGAGGACGGCUUAGGAACGGGUGGGCGAGAUAUGGACGGCGCACGGCGGACCGGUCACCCGGGGCGAGACCAGGGCUCCCCCACUGCAGACCAAAACCUUUCAGCCAGAGCGGUGCUUGUGCUUGUGAGGCGGCACCAUCUUUGUAGAAGCAUCUGCCCUGUUGCCUCCACAAAGAUGGCGCUGGUUGCGGUGGGCCCCUGUACUAACUAGCCGCACCAGGCAACUUGCGCAGAAGAACUCUCCCUAUUCUCUUGUACAAGACAUGGCUCAGAUGGGUCGGAUCCAGCUUUGCCGCUGGAGAUGUUCCCGGUGGCUUGGUCCCAAAACCUUCCGCGAACGGAGAACUGUCGGCAGCAGGUAAACCUGCGGCAUCGGCCUUUAAAGUACAAAGGAAACUUUCUGUGGCUAAAGCACCCAGAGCUCUUACAACCUGUUCUUUUUAAAACAGAAGACCUUAUUUUCAAUAGCCGUAAAUAACUACUUCCCCCCCCCCCCUUGGUAAAAAUUGCCCUGUCUGUCUCAUUUCAGUAUAUUCCUGCUAUUCCACUUGACUUCGGUGGCAUUAAUCCUCUGCCCGACAGGACGAAAACGAAGUUGCCAGUCUGCCAAUACCACUAGAUGCCUCUCUUAUCACUGUGUGUUUUUUGUACUUCUGAUUCCAAGAUAGCUUUGGGACUGUCUCUUUUGAUGAAAUGUAGGAUUUCUUGGUGUGUGUGUGUGUGUGUGGGUUUUUUAUCUUUUACAAAGCCUUGUGGGUGUGCACAGAAUGGUUGCCAAUUCACCACACCAGCCUUGAUUUUUGAGGGACGGGGGGAGUUGUCGACACAUUUGCCACAUGUUGUUUGACACACAAUAAACUAAGCAGGACUUUC